AUGCAACCAUACGAGAGCUCAAUGCCCACUAAUUACCUUGGUGCUGAACUGAGCAAUGGACAACACGGUACAAUGUUUGGCCAGCAUUAUUCCCAUGGCCGUUUCUCUAGCAGUUCACCUAAUACAGCUGAUGGAAACGUGUCAACGCCCAAUAUUCAUGGUCCUCUCGGAGAUCACAAUUUGAAUGCGCUCUCUCAAAACUUUGCUGGCAUAAACCUCCGCGGAGUUACAAAUGUCGCUCCUACACGGAUUGCGGCACCUAGCGUGAACAACACCACUUCCGAUCAAGCUGGAGUCGGCGUACCUCAGUCCCUUGGAGCGGCUUGGAUCAUGCCGGAUGGGCGGGUGAUGUUCACGGGAUAUCAAGUGCCUUCGGCGUCAUUGGGAACAACCUCGACCGUCUACCAUCAGACUUUGCCCCAAGGAGCUUCUUGCUCUCAAUAUCUUGCCCAUCCUAGCUACCAACAUUUCUCCAGCCCUCAGACAAUUAUCUCACCGGCUUCUUUGCCUCAUCCAUGGGUCUCAUCCCAGAGUCUCCCGAAUGACCUCCCAGGGCUUCUCCCUCCGCGCCGUGACUCCAGAUCGUCCAACGAAAACGACGCACCUCGCACCCCCUUUUUUGAACCCAGCGGCCAUGGAGACUACCAGACCAUCAUCCCCAUGGCAGACCGCUAUCCGAUUAGCAAUUACGCGUACAGUACGCCCUCCCCGCCGCAGCUUCCACAGAGUUCAUUGAGACCGCUGGCCACCAAGAUGCCGAACGGGCCAUAUACCCUUCUUGAUCUGGAUGCUUUGACAAGGAUGGAACCAGCAAUUCCGAGAGCGAUUCCAACGCCGCGGACUAGUCCAGGGUCCACAAAGUCGCUGGAGAAGAGCCUGCAUAACCCAAAUGGUACCACGAACGUUUAUAUCCGAGGUCUUCUCCCCGACACGUCGGAUUCAAUGCUCGAAGGAUGGGCCUCCAGAUUUGGUCGGAUCGAUAGCGUAAAGGCGAUAGUCGACCUUGAGUCAAAUCGGUGCAAAGGAUUUGGUUUUGUUCGCUAUUUCAAUUUUUCUGAUGCAGAAAACUGCAUCCGUGGUUUCUACCACCUCGGUUAUGAGGCCAGUUUUGCUCAAGAGUCUUUCAACUCACGCCUGAAGACACUCGGCGACCCCGACUCUACAAAUCUCUAUGUAUCGAACCUUCCUCGCCAUUACAAUGAACCGGAACUUUGUGCGGUAUUUGACGAAUACAAGGUGGUAUCAAGCCGCGUUCUCCGUGAUGGGAAUGGGAUUAGUCGCGGAGUAGGAUUUGCACGUUUUGAGACACGAUUAAUUUGCGACGAGGUAAUUUCUAGAUACAACGGACAAUCCAUCGGCGAUGAGGGAGACCACUUGCAGAUCCGUUACGCCGAUACUGCUGAUCAGAAGCAGCUCAAAGAAAAGACAAGCACCAACCGCCAACUUCGCGCCCACGAAUACAAUACUGCAGUAUAUGGUGCGACUAAUCCAAUCCCCUACACCCCAUCCCGAAUUUGCAACAUGGGACCACCCGUGCGCGGCUCGCAAAUGCCAUAUGUCAACGGUAAUUGGACCGUCUAUCAGGAAAGCUCUUCGAGGAGUCUAAACGAUUCGUCCAAUAGCCGUGGUGGUCAGGCGGCUUUUGGUGGAGCAGUACCCAACAAAGCGCAGCAAAAAUUGCAAAAUUACUCAAAGAAUCAUUUAAAGGAACUAUCUGUCACCAAAGGUCCAGGUGUUGGAACCGAAGCCGCCAAGAUUGCUUCCGACGAGCCACCUACCAAAUCAACACCAUUUCAAGACUCAAUGGAUGAGGGGACGGGCAAUUCAGAGGCUUCUGACUUGCCCAGGGCCCGGUCUUGCUCUUUAAACCCUCCUUCCAGCUCCCGUGAUUAG